AUGGCAGCGACCCCUAGCUGUUCUCGUUGCUCUGCAUCAGAUGAAGACGCAAUCCACUGCCUGAGGGACUGCCCUCAUUCAAGAGAGAUUUGGAUGCGCGCUGGAGCCUUGUCUUGGCCAGGAUUUCUGCAGCAUGGAUGUGGGUCUUGGGUUAAGCGUCAAAUACAAGGAAGGCAUGGAACUCAGUUUGUGGCUUGUCUGUGGGGUUGUUGGAAGUGGCGGAACAAUAUGAUUUUUGAAGAGGCUUCGUGGUCCAGCGGCGAGGCUUGGCGUCGGGUGUGCCAGGAUCACGAUGAAAUCAAGAAGGGGAUGAAUGAUGAUGAUGGAAAUUGGAUGCUGAGAAAGUGGCUGUCACCACCGGAAGGAUCGAUUAGCCUCUGUGUCGACGGAAGCUUUAAUCACGCUGGCAGGUUUAUGGGUUCUGGUGGACUAGUUCGUGAUCAUCAAGGGCAGUGGGUCUGCGGUUUCCACAAUUAUCUUGCAGGUGGCAGUGUUCUGCUAUCGGAAGCAAGGGCGUUGAAACUUGGCUUGCAGCUAGUGUGGGAUCGCGGAUUCAGGGAGGUAUAUUGCAGUGUGGAUUGCCACGAAUUGAUUCGGAUGCUGGAGGAUGAAGACAACCACAGAUUCUUCCCCAUUCUUAGCGACAUCCGAGAGCUUAUCAGUAGACAGUGGAAGGUAUCUAUUUCUGAUAUUAGUCGGAACUGCAAUCAACCGGCGGAUUGGCUAGCCAGGAGAGGGGCAUUCACUUCAUCCAUGGCGCUGUGUAUCCUAGAUACCGCGCCGUCGGACUUAGAGAUCCUUGUCUUGAGGGAUCGUUUGGCUCUUCCUUAG